GCUCUCGUUCACUUGUUUCCCUGAGCUCACAGCAAGCAGAAACUGUUACGGUACGCCUUCUCUCGUCAUUUGACCACCGACACCGAACGCGUCGAACCCAGUGGCAAGCACAGGAACCAUGGCACCAUUGCAACGAGAYAAUGAUACGAUAAGCAGAUGUGGAUCCGCUGCGAAGCUCGAAACAAAGACCACCCCGCUCACGAACGAGGCCACCAACUCAGCCGAAAGCACCAGGAAACCAGCGGAGGAAGGAUUCGAUGUGUCUUCUUUUCCAGCAAUGCCGUGGAUGAGCRCCAUCAUGUGGCCUCUGAUGCUCACUGUCCCGCUAGUUCUGAGCACAUCCGGGUCUCCACUGCACUAUAGCAAUGUCUUCCCCGAAUCGUGGUAURUCAUCGAGGACUCGAUGGCAGAAAACRUUUCUUCCCCAAAACCGCUGGGAUUGUGUCUGGGCUUGAUCGCGGUCGCUGUGGGCCAGCUUCUGUGUUUGUUUGUCUUCUAUUUCUUCAAGUAUGGUUACAUGUCGCCGAAAGGAGAAGAACCUUUAUCGAUUCAAACACGGGGAGCGCGAAAAUAUGAAUACCUAGAGGGGCUCACAACCCACUUGUCACAACCAGAGGGAUUUGUUUUGUUGGGGGGAUACCUCAGCGGAACGUGGAUGUUUCRACUGAUGCCCGCAGCUUAUUAUUCCUUUGAAGGGGGGAUUGAAUGGSCCAAGGUGUUUUUGUGCUUAGUGAUCCAGGAUGGAAUUCAAUUUGUUAUGCACCUGUUGGAACACAAUGUUUCCCCAGCGUUUUACAAAUACUCGCACAAACCGCACCAUAGGUUUACCAAUCCGCGUCUUUUUGAUGCCUUCAAUGGAUCYAUGCUCGAUACCAUCUUUAUGAUUCUGGUACCACUUUAUGCAACGGCAAACCUGGUCGACUGCAACGUGUGGUCCUACAUGGCGUUUGGGAGCUUGUACGCCAACUGGUUGACGCUGAUUCAUUCCGAAUACACAUUUCCAUGGGACGGYCUGUUCCAUUCCGUAGGCUUYGGAACCUCGGGGGACCAUCACGUCCAUCAUGCGUUUUUCAAAUACAACUAUGGUCACUUGUUCACGUGGUUCGAUCGAGUGUGGGGAACCUACCGACACCCUGCCGARUACGCGCCCAAACAAUUUAACGAGCUUAGGUGAAGUAGACGAAAUAUUACYGAGAACGGAACAGGUAGCGAUGGCUUUCUUCGUUCGAAAAASUCUUGGUAUGAUAUUUGUYUGUAUGUUUCCGGGAUAGAUGUUGUGGGUGAGGGAUCCUCCUGAGGGUCCACAGAUAGUGUAACCGUAGUUUUGUGCAACAAAAUAAAUCGUAAAGGUUUGAAAGACUAACGAGGUGUUUUUGAAGUGAUAAUUGUUYGGAAUGAAAUAUUCCUCGUUUUGAUGACAACUAUCAUUCGAGGCAUUGGAAGCAUUWGUAGGAUUUGCGAUGAUAUUUAACUACCAUAAAAUGCCUAGAUUUCG